UUUAUAGUAUAAAGAGUACAAACUAUUCUAUGCAAAUUUUCAAAUUCAACAUGUCCGUCACGAUUUCUACUGAUUUUGGAGAUAUUAAAAUUGAGUUGUUUUGUGAUGAAGUGCCCAGAACUUGUGAGAACUUUCUUGCCUUGUGUGCUAGCGGAUAUUAUAACAAUUGCAUCUUCCACAGAAAUAUAAAGGGCUUUAUGGUACAAACUGGUGAUCCAACAGGCACUGGUAAAGGUGGCAAGAGCAUUUGGGGUAAAAAGUUCAAUGAUGAAAUUGUUCCAUCAUUAAAGCACAAUGUCCGUGGCAUAGUUUCCAUGGCAAAUAGUGGACCAAACACGAACGGAUCUCAGUUCUUUAUUACUUAUGCCAGACAACCUCACUUGGACAUGAAAUAUACAGUGUUUGGCAAAGUUAUUGACGGCGGUGAAACUCUCGAUGAUUUGGAGAAGAUUCCGGUGAACGAAAAGACUUACAAACCGCUUCGCGAUGUGCGCAUUCAGAACAUUAAAAUUCAUGCAAAUCCCAUCGCAGACAUGCAGAGUUAACGUCUUUUUCGUGUUUUCCUUAUUCCAUGGGUUGAGUGAGAAAAGCGACAAGCGAAAAUAAACUUUUCUGGACUCUGGUUACUUUGAAAACUAUGGAAGUCUUAUGAAAAACUUCGAGGAAAACGUGAGAAGCAAACAAAAUUAUAGAUAGUCCGGCUAUGAUGUUUUCCCCUCUCUUAUUCAGCCGAAGAUUUAUGUAUUGCUAUGGGAGGCUAUCAAUUCCAUUUUUAGUAAAGUGAACGUCGUCGUCCUUUA